AGUAUUUUUGUUGACAGUAAAACAUGCUCUACGUCCUGCUCCUACUGGUAAACUUCAUGUCUCCCGGUCAGGCUUCUACGGAGACAUUGCCAGCUGUCUAUAUCGAACUGUCACAUGAGAAGGUUGUCGUUGACUUGUCUGAGGAAGUCUCUAUCAAAUGUACGACCAACGCCACUGAGCUGGAGAAAAUGGGCUGGACGGCUCUGGAUAAAUUGAUAAUCGAACGCGAAAAUGAAAAUGGACCACCAAAAAAACUUGCAAGUAUCGACCACGCCCAGGCUAUCAGAGGUCAAACGGACAAUGUUGUCGUGGAAGGGAGAGUUGAGAAGGACCUUACGGCCUGGCUGAAGAUGACCUACCAGACGGCCGAAGACGAGACGGAAGGAAACAUGCGUUGUCUGGUGACCGGUUACGACAACUACUACGAGGCCAACUGGUUAGAGGAUUUCACGCCCUACGCCAUGAUCAAUGCCACAGAUGUGUCAAUUGAAGCUGUGAUGGAAUCGCUCAAGCAUGACAAAAGAAUUUUAAAAGAAACUGGACAAACAAUUUCUGAUGCAAGCAAGUGGGUCCAGACCUUCUCCAAAUACCUGAAUGAAUGGAACAGUCGAACCAAUAUGUACCUGGAACACUGGCCAAAUGGGAAUUAUGCCCUGCCCAAACCCACCACAGGAUGCCCGGCAGAUAUGCCCAUUCCGUGGACAACGAAAACGUCGCAGUUCACACUUGCUCGCGGUAAACGGACCGAGAAUAAAUUACCGUACCACUUUGAACAAUCCGGUCCCAACAUCGUGAAAUAUUCCUUCUGUAGACACGAAUCAGGGGGACAUUACUCGUGGCCAGAGGGAGAUUACUGCAUACACCCUUACACAGUGAGCAGUAGGUGCCCCACUGAUUUUGAGAUUAGCGACAUAGUCUUUGGCCAUCUGGAUUCGGCUUCAGACUCAAUAAUGUUGAAAGCUGCAAUCGAAACUUCUCUGUUGAAGAGUGCCUCGCGUGGGAGGGAGUACUUGACUAUUAGAUUCUGUUGCAGAAACGACGGCCCCGCGAAGAACCCAGUGCUCCUUCCAACUCAAGCACCGUUCUACCUGUACCAAGGACAGUCUGGCGUAUGUCAAGAGAUCGUGGGCGCCAACUACUCGAUAGAAGAGCUCACCCACAACGUUAGGGCGCCUAAAUCGGACUCUUCCGCCCGCGGUGCAGCCUCAAAGCACGAGAAAGAUGAUGGAAUUAUUCGACUAUGCUACUACACCGGCACUGGACCACACAAUUAUGAGGAGGAAUCGAAGAAUGAAAACUUCCCUGAAACUACUGUAAGCCCUGAGUAUUUAACCACCAGCUCUCCAAGCCAAAAAAUUAAGGAAAGAAAAACUAAAAAACCUACCAUACAAACAACAACUACAGAACCAACCAUUGAACCAACAAUACAAGAGAAGACAUCACAGGCUCCGACUGAAUCUACCAAGAAAGUAGCGGACACUAAAGAACUAAAAACGCCACUACCCUUAAUUUUGAGCCAAAGACAUUUCAAUGACCCUAAAAAGAUUAAAGUCCAUAUCCCGAGGUCACUAAAAUCCCAAAAAACAAAGAAACCCAAACGCCACCAAGAAAAGAAAUCGAAAACAAAGAAAUAUAAGCCAAGGAAACGUCGAGUUACUAAGACCAAACGCGGCAAGCACACAAAAAAGACUUCGGAUAAAAAGAUAACUAGACCUCCAAUUCACCAUAACAAAGAGGCCGAAAAUCUACAAGACUAAAACAAUGCGCGCCACUACAAACCUCACGCUAAAUGUUCCCACAAGAUAUACGCAUACAUUUUCAAAAAAAAAACGCACUAAAUUGAGGACCACACAGAAGUCCAAUAAGUCUCUAUGAAAUUCUUCCUCUAAUUCCUUCAGAAAGCUCACCCAAGAUCAGAAGACACACACGCACACAAAUCAAGACACGGAGACUAUGAUUAAAGGACUAAAAUUUACCGAAUCAAAUACAGUUAAUUUUCAAUAAUAAAAAAAAAAAACUUUUAAUGCACGAAAAUAGUGUUUAAUUGUGUGUUUUUAAUAAGGCUUGCAAGAUGAACGUAAUAUAAAUGUAAAUUUGUGUUGAUAUCUAUCAAAAACUAGCCUCGAUAACUUUCAAGAUUAUUGCCUCACUGUAAAACAUUAACGGAAUUAAAACUCAUAACAUCAUUCAGUGUAUGAGACA